AGACUGGCCAUAUGAGGGCAUAAGUGGUUCCGGUGACUGUACCUUCACCCAUUGCAGUAGUGGUACUUUGAUGGUCUCACAUUUUUUAUUGUGCAGAUACUGCUGGAAGUUCAGAAUUUGUCGGAGUUACUAAGUUUGCAUUUCAGCAAAUAUAAAAGUUAUCAGGUUCCAAAUAUUGUGUGAGAUUUGCGGUGAUAACUAAAGGAUGUACAAAUGUAUCAAAAUUCUCAACGUAUUUGGAUAUAUGAUUGCUUUAUAUGGCAUCCUAAAUCUCUUUGAAAUUGUGAGGUUUCACCUGAGCAAAAAGCUUGCAGCUAAGAGCUCAGCAACCUAUGAAAUAAGCUUCACAAACUUUACUCAGUACUACGAAUACAUAUUGUUGCCGAGCUCUUCAACCUUAUCUUCAUGUCUCAGAAACGGCGGACAGUAA